GAACCAAGUGGUGCGGCACAGGCAACGUGGCAGAAGGGCUCGACGACCUCGGGACCCUGAAGGAGGUGGACGCUUGCUGCCGCGACCACGACCUCUGCCCCGACGACCUCGAACCCGGCCAGACGCGACACAACAUCACCAAUGAGUCUCCGUUUACCAUGAGUCACUGCGACUGCAACGACAACUUCCGCAAAUGCCUGCACGACGUCGGCAGCGGGGAGGCGAACGAGGUCGGGUCGGCCUACUUCUCGACGGGCCUCUUCCAGUGCUACCGCCUCGCGAAGCCGACGGCGGGGUGCAAGCAGUGGGCAGGGUUGCUAACCCAAGCUUGUCAGGAAUAUAACUUCAACGAGGACGGAGAACCACGCUGGCAGGUGUUUGACAUGAAAUCAUUUUAAUUGACAGGCUAGAUAUACCGCACAGGUGAUCCCGACCGACUCUUUGGAAUCAAGAACAUUCACUUUGAUUGACGACGUAAUGAUCGCCAUCAAAGAAAACGGAAGGUGUUGAGGCUUUAUAGAAAACGAGAUUUAGUAGGAUGAGAGGGAAACAAUGAUAUUUAGAUGAUGUGUGGUGUGUGUGUGUGUGUGUGUGUGUGUGUGUGUGUGUGUGUGUGUGUGUGUGUGUGUGUGUG